UUGCAAGUCCGGAAGCGACGAAGCAUAAUUCAAACGGAAACAGUGGACAAUGUCGAUUCGCCUCUUAAUGGGAAAGAGCUCGGCAGUCAUAGCUCAUUGUCCAGCGAGAUCAACUUGGAUCUUUCGAGCCCCCAGCACAACAAACUGUCACCGGUCAAGAGCGUAUUCGAAAGACCGGUAUCACGAAUAUCAUUCGCGCCAGAAUACUCUAACGAGGUGGUGACGAGGGGCAUCAGCGCGCAGGGUUGUCGCGAGCUGUUCGACAACAGCUGGGAGGUGAACACCUUGGAGGAGGCCGUGUUCCAGGAAGAAAUCGCUCUUAAUAACUUAAACUUGAACCUGAAGCGAAACCUCCGCCGCCGUCGUCCCCGGCUACUGUACCUCCGCCCGCCCGCGCCUAAACCGAAGCUCCCGGAAGCGGAGCCAGAGACCAUCAUCACAGAGAUCUCAUGUCCUUCUCCCGCCCAAAGCCCGACGUCCCCCUCGUUACGUUGUGGCGAUGAAGACGAAUGCGCGUUCAGUCCUGCCUCAGCCAGUUUCACAGCGCUCGAGCUGCUCACCGGUAACAAUAAAGUCGGCUGCGAUACAUGCACGGAACGUAUCAACGGGCAAGGGAGGCAAGACGGUGUACACGAACGCGACCAAGCGGUUCCUAGUAUCGAGCAGCCGCCUGCGGUCCUCAUCCUGCACCUGAAGCGCUUCCAGCUCGGCCCCCGCUGCAUGUUUCCACGCGGUCCGGCGCCCGCCGGCCGCCGCUUCUUGCCGGGGCGGGUUCGUGAUGAUGACUCUGAACUCUCUGAUACGAAUCAGGCGAGGCGCCGCCGCCCGCCCGCCGCUCGCUGGUACUAUGUAUCCGACAGUAUGGUGUCGGAGGUGAGCGAGGAAAAGGUGCUCCGCGCUCAAGCCUACCUACUGUUCUACGAGCGUGUUCUGUAG